AUGUCCGGCUUCGUGCUCGAGUUCAAGCGCAACUUCGACUGCAGCACCGCGCACGACCUGCGCAGACUAGCUCUUCUCGGCAAUGUCGAUACGGAGAACAUCUACGAUGGAGACUUCUCUGGUGGCGGCCCCGUGGUGGAUGCCGUGCCGAGAUCGAGACUGGAGGUGGAGGCGACUCGCGUUCCCCCGCCGCCGAAGGGACAGGAUUUGCGCCGCCCACUUGAUGGUGUCAAGACGAAGCGCUGCCAAGAGUGGACGAUGGAAUACGUCAUGCGGCUUGUCGACUAA